GGGGCCUUGGGCCUCCGCCCCACCCGCCCCUCCCUGCCUGCCCGGGCGACACGCCACUUCCCGCUUCUGCAAAGCUAAAAGGCCUGCGGACACUCGGCGUUUCCGCAGACUUCGCACUCCACCCGGCCCACCGAGUCCACCUGUCCGCAGCGGCCUUCACCAUGGAGAAGCUGAGCACAGCAAACAACCACUUUGCCUUAGACCUGUUCCAUGCCUUGACUGAAGACAAUCCGACUGGAAACAUCUUCGUCUCUCCCUUCAGCAUUUCAUCAGCGAUGGGCAUGAUCUUUCUAGGGACCAGAGGCAACACUGCAGCACAACUAUCCAAGACUUUCCAUUUCAAUAUGGUUGAGGAGAUUCAUUCAAGAUUUCAGAGUCUGAAUGCUGAUAUCAACAAAAGUGGAGCACCCUAUAUUCUGAAACUUGCUAAUAGAUUAUAUGGAGAGAAAACCUAUAAUUUCCUCACUGAGUUCUUGGAUUCGACUCAGAAAAUGUAUGGUGCUGAACUGGCCAGUGUAGAUUUUCAGCAUGCCUCUGAAGAUGCAAGGAAAACCAUAAACCAGUGGGUCAAAGGGCAGACAGAAGGGAAAAUUCCAGAACUGUUGGCUGAAGGUGUGGUUGAUAGCAUGACUAAACUUGUGUUAGUGAAUGCCAUCUAUUUCAAGGGAGACUGGCAGAAUCAAUUCAGGAAAGAAGCCACGGCCGAUGCACCAUUCAGAUUGAAUAAGAAAGACACAAAAACAGUGAAAAUGAUGUAUCAGGAGAGCAAAUUUCCAUUUGGCUACAUCGAGGAGCUUAAGAGCCAUGUGCUGGAACUGCAUUACCAGGGCAAGGAGCUGAGCAUGCUCAUUCUGCUGCCCGACGACAUCGAGGAUGACUCCAUGGGUCUGAAGAAGAUUGAGGAGCAACUGACUUUGGAAAAACUGCAUGAGUGGACCAAACCUGAGCAGUUGGAAAUCACUCAAGUCAAAGUUGGCUUGCCCCGGUUCAAAUUGGAAGACAGCUACGUCCUCAACACCCACCUUGCCCGCCUGGGUGUGGAGGACCUCUUUAAUAGCAGCAAGGCUGAUCUGUCUGGCAUGUCAGAAUCCAGAGAUAUUUUUAUAUCAAAAAUUGUCCACAAGUCCUUUGUGGAAGUGAAUGAAAAGGGUACAGAGGCAGCAGCUGCAACAGCAGGGAUUGUUGCCUUCUGUAUGCUGAUGCCAGAGGAAACUUUUCUUGCUGACCGUCCAUUCCUUUUCUUUAUUCGGCACAAUCCCUCAGCCAGCAUCCUGUUCAUGGGCAGAUAUUCUUCUCCAUAGAAAAAAGAGACUGUGUCAACACAAGAUUAAGCUUAGAGUUUUAUUACCUUGGUUUUUCAUGGUGAUGAUUUUCCUAUAUCUUUUUACCAAUAAAACUACUUUGCAGAAACAAA